CGAACGACUGUUGUUGUUGUUGUGGCAGCUGCACCAGCUCAGUUGUACCUCAGGUGGCAGUGUGUGGAGGGUAGUGCAAUACUUUCAUCCCUAGUAUGUCUGAUUUAGCGUCCCCGAAGUCGCCAGGGUCGGGCGAGUUUCCCCAUGAUGACUUCGACUACGAUGACGACAACGACGCAGAUUUUGAGGACUCCCGAGACUACGAUGACAGGGAGAGUGAUGACGAUACUGACUUGGGAAGUGAGGGAGAAACAAGAGGAAAAGAAGAAUAUGCUGGUAUUAAGGAACAAAUGUAUCAAGAUAAACUUGCUCAACUGAAGAAACAACUCCAACAGCUGCGUGACAGCAGUCAUCCAGAAUACAACAAAAAGCUUAAAAAGAUUGAUGUAGCGUACAAAGAAAGACUGCGAAUUAAUGAUUUAUGGCGUGAAAUUGAGACUGAGUGGGUUGAACGUGAUUAUUUAGCUGAAAAAAGAUUAGCUGCUAGAGAAUUUGAAGAAAAAAAGAAAGAACUUAAAGAAAACCUAUUGAUAGAACUUGAAGAAAAAAAGAAGAUUAUAGAGCAAGAGAGGUACACACUUGAGCUUACUGGGGACUCGAUGGAGUAUAAACCAGUCUCAACUAGAAAGUUACGUCGUCGUGGAAAUGAACCCGCCCCAAUUAUAGAGAAACGUCGUAAACCAGUGUCAACAACUCUACAACUCUUACUGGAUGAGAGAGAGAUGGAUGAUGAUUUAAAACUGAUUAACAAGAGCAAGUUAUUAAACAUGAAGAAAAAUACAACAUCUGUAACACCAGCUGAUCCUAUCGGCAAUGAACCAAAAAUUGAAAACGGGAAGUUGUAUUUUGACAAAAAAUGGUUUCAUAAGGGGCAGGCAGUUAUGAUUGAGUGCAAGGAUGGGACACGAUUUAAUGCUAUUCUCACAGUAGCAGGUGCUGAUAUGAUUAUGGUAAGAAAAGUACCAGAUAACAUUCGCUUGAAAAUCACCCUUGCUCAACUGGCCCAUGGAAAAUAUCUUGUCCGUCGUCGCAGUUCAGCAUGACCAGUUGAUGAAAGCUUCGUUCCAUUACUUGAAAACCAAGUAAAAGUCAAGCCACCCUGAUAAUUAGAAAAUGGUAGAUAUUCUGUCUUAUACCUAAGUAAAGUUCUCUCAACAAA